UUUUUCUUUUGCUCUUCUCAUGUCUUUCAAAUUCAGAGGGCCAAAUGCUUCUUCUGGAAUGGGUGUGGCUGAUCACGGCAAAAAUGCAUUCUUGGAGUUGAAGAGGAAGAAGGUUCAUAGAUAUGUGAUUUUCAAGAUCGAUGAAAUGAAAAAGGAGGUUGUUGUUGAGAAAACUGGCAGCCCUGCAGAAAGCUUUGAUGACUUUACUGCUUCUUUGCCAGAAAAUGAUUGCCGAUAUGCGGUGUAUGACUUUGAUUUUGUGACUUCUGAGAAUUGCCAAAAGAGCAAGAUAUUCUUUGUUCAUUGGUCUCCUGCAACAUCUCGUAUCCGUGCGAAGAUGCUUUACGCCACCUCUAAAGACGCAUUUAAAAGAGAGCUCGAUGGUUUUCAUUAUGAGAUUCAGGCUACUGAUCCAACAGAAGUUGAUCUUGAAGUGCUGAAAGACCGUGCUCACUGAGCUAUCUUGCAAUAAACACUAUCUUUCCUCUUAUAAGGAACAGAAUUCGCAGGGCCUUACUAUUAUCAUAGUGAUUAGUGCCAAUAGCUUAUAUAUCGUUGUGUUUCUCACAGAGGAAAAUUCUUCUUAAAUAAUUGGGCAUCUGGGAAGGGCUGAUUUCCAGCUAAGCAUUUAGCUUGUUAGUGUAUAUGGUGUUGGCAUUGUUUUGCUUUUUUCUCAGAUGUUUGAACACUUGGGAACCUGCAUAAUAUAAUAUCAGUGGUUGCCAAUUUUCCAA